CAAUGGCUCCGUCGGACAGGCAUGGAUACUGGGGCCGGCCCACGUCAACGCUGGACUGGUGUGAGGACAACUAUGUCGUCUCUUUCUACAUCGCAGAAUUCUGGAACACAGUGAGCAACAUUAUCAUGAUUCUACCUCCAAUCUAUGGUGCCAUACAGACCCUGAAGGACGGGCUGGAAGUGCGCUAUGUGUUUGCCUUUUUGGGACUUGCAGCUGUGGGGAUCGGAUCCUGGUGUUUCCACAUGACUCUGCUGUAUGAGAUGCAGUUACUGGAUGAAUUGCCCAUGAUCUACAGCUGUUGCCUGUUUGUCUACUGCCUAUGUGAGUGUUUCAAGCAGGAGAACACGGUCCAUUAUUUCCUCAUAGUCGUCUUGUUGGUCUUCAGUGUCGCAGUCUCUUUGGUAUACUUACAAUGGAAGGAGCCAGUGUUCCAUCAGGUCAUGUAUGGAAUGCUGGUAGGUUGCUUAGUUCUGCGGUCCGUAUUCAUAGUAACAUGGGUGUACCCGUGGCUCCGCCCACUUGCCUACACCUCUCUAAGCGUGUUCAUGAUUGGCUUUCUCCUGUGGAACAUUGACAAUCAUCUGUGUGACAUGUUGAGGGGUGCUCGGAGGAGGCUGCCCCCCGGAGUCGGUGCGGUUACGCAGCUGCACGCCUGGUGGCACAUCCUGACAGGCCUGGGCUCUUACCUGCACAUCCUCUUCAGCCUUCAGACGAGGACCACCUACCUCAAACACAGACCGAAAGUACAGUUUAUCUGCGGCGUUUGGCCUGUCAUCCGCGUGGAGGCGCAGAAGACCACGUGAUCAGAGAGGGGAGGGGCAGUGUUUGGACGGUGACGGCCUGCGCCCGGACGCCCCCCUCGGCAGACCAACAGACACCCCGACGUUCGCCAGGCCUAGCGUUUAGCCAGCCACGGGCUACACGGAAUAGAGGGGCUUUCUUCUCUGUAGGUCAGGAGUCGCUGUGAACUCAUGCAGUAGAAUUUAUAGAUGAUAUUAAUCUUUUGGUUUGCGCACAUGCACUCACACAGAAGCUUGUCGUACCUGUGUGUGUAUGUGGGUGUAGAAGUAACGCUAAUUUUAAACUACUAUUCACUUAAUUUAUGUCACCUCCAAAUUCUUGCUGGAGAUCUGAGCAUGGCACAAUGCCAGGUGAACCUGUAUGAAACCAACUCCCAUGCUCUGGUAUGAGAAAUGGCCACAAGCUCUUGGGCUACCAAAUGUUGAUGAUCUGCGUAGGUCAUCAUGAGUCCAGUAGAGAAAGAGACUAAUUGCACUCAUAUUUGUUUUUUGACUCCUUAGCAGCAAGCAUAGAGUAAGAGUGCUUAUGGAGUACAUAGGUACCUUACUUAAUCUAACAUUUAGCCAGUCACCAAGUGCAUUUAACAGUAUUUAUGUAGACCAAUAAUGCUUUCUUUCAUUUGGUAUAUUAUAAAGGGCAGUGUUAUAACCAGUCAAUUCAUAUUCUAUCAGUGUUUUUCCUGGAACUGGAAAUCUGAGCUAUGCAGAAAAGUACGUUAUGACCCAGAACCCGGGGACUUUGGUAGCCCAGGAACUUGUAGACAUUCUGCUCAUCAUUACAGGUCCAUUACAGGUUUGAUGGCAAAGAUGUAUCUCAAAGGCAGGGCUGCUCCUCUGACAUUUUGUCCAAAUUUUCAGUAUGUAUAAAUGCUUACCUGCUGAGCCUUCUGGCACAAAAUGGCCGCCCAGCAGCCGCCCACACAGGGGGGUCUCUGAGGUCUCUCAGAGGUGCUACAUAAAUGCAGGUCAUUAAAAAAAAAUCAUAAUUGAAGCUACAAUGACAACCUGAACUGGAUUCACAAAACAUUAAGUUGUUUGUUAGUGUUUACUUGGCUUAGUGUCUAACGUCUUUGUGCUGUGUUGAAAAUGGUGAAGUAAACAUUUCAGAACAGUACCAGCUGUUAGCCUGCUGGUGCCUGCUGUAUGACAAUUUCAUUGGUUGAUGAUGAAAUUGAUGAAAAUGGUGAAAUUUCUCUCAAACGGACAAAAUCUCCUAACAAAAAGUAUAUUUGAAAGAAGCAGAAUCUGAACUUUUUGAACUGGCAAAAAAUGAUGUUGAUUUCAGAAAGUACAGCAUGUCUGUUUCCUUGGCAGCAGUUUUAUCCCUAUUGGAAAAAGUCUUUAAUCAUGUAGGUAGUGAAACCGUGAUGUUUUGUCAGUGGAAAGCAGUGGAUGUGCUGCUUUA